GAGCAGUUUCACGUCAUGUAAACCAUGCCGAAGAGCAAGCUCGACAUCCAGCGCAAAUAUCCCGAGCACUUUCGCGCGCUCGGGUUCGACUUGCCCGCCGAUGCCACCAGUACGAGGUGGCACCAGCCUGUGCUGACGUGCCAGCACGAAUUCUGCCUCCUCACGCUCGACGACAUCCUCCGGGACUCGAUGGACAUAACGCUAGAGCUUGUGCCGUCGCACUCGUGCACAAUCUACUUGUACGACCGACAGAGUCGUAUGCUAAACACGAAAGCGUCGACCAACUCGAAGCGCCAGCUCGACGUCAAGUUUGCACCUGGUAUGGGGAUCGUCGGGCGCUGCUUUUCACGCAAGGUUGCCGUGCAUUUGGAAAAGCCAGGCGAGAAUUCGCUCUUUGAAGCGAAGUCGGACGGACGACAGAACAAGGCAGCGGAGAGCAUGCUUUGCAUCCCGCUAGUGAUCCACGAGAGGGCGGUCGGGCUCUUUCAGCUUGUCAACCGCGUCGUGGAGAAAAAGGACAAGCUGAAGGACCUCGACAGGUACAUGGAAGGCUUCGACAACUUGAGCAUGAACGUGAUUGAGCACCUCGGGGACACCCACAAUGAAAACGCAUUCCAUUCGCGCGACAUAACCACCUUGAUGGAGUAUGCUUCGCUCGUCGCGGAAUCGAUAGCACAAGCGUUGUGUCGCCAGGAAGCCAAGGACCCGGCAAAGGACAAAGGCAACAGCGCCAUGGAUCUACUCAACAUGCUGAACGGCAAACUCACGACGAACUACGACUUUGACGUCCCCGACUUGUCCCCCGAUCGAAAGCCAUCGACUUGUCUGGAGCCCACGAGGCGGCCAUCAUCCAAAUCCCCGUCCAAGUCCAAAUAUGCACCCAAAGCUCGGUCCGUGUUGUCGCUUCCGCUGUCCCCGACGAGCAUAAAGGAGCGAUUGGUUCAGGCAGCUAUCAAAUGCCAAGCGCAUGGACGAGGCUGGUUAGUGCGGAAGCAUCAUCCGUUGGCGCGACUGCGCCUGGAGCGUCUCGCACACCAUGAAGUCCAGCGGAUGCGAGCAUUGCGCAUUCAAAAGACAUACCGUGGGCGACUCGGACGCGUGCGCGUGCAGCGCAUUCGCACCGCACGCAGCGUCAUUGCGGACGCGGUGUUUCAGUACGCCCAGCGCAAGAAAAGUGACAGCACGGUCAAAAGGAAGGUCGGGUCGCCGCGCACGCGAAAGCUGUGGGCACAGACGUCGUCGACGCUGCUGACGGAACGGACCAAACUCAAGAACAAGAAGGUGACGAAUAUCCAAAAACUCUUUCGAGGAAACAAGGCGCGGGCCGAAGUGAAGCAACAGUUUGGCGUGUCUAACCCGGCCAAGAUGUAUCGGAGCUUUGUGAAGCUGCAGGCGAGGUUCAAAGGCCGCCUCGUUCGCAAGCUCAUUCAAAAACACACCGUGCUCCAGCACAAAGCGACCAAGACCGCGAUCCCGCCAUUUGGAGCCGUUCGGAUGAGAUGCCACAAUGCCGAACCACGUGAGCAGUCCAUGGCGUACCCCCGAUGCCACACCGGCGUCAACCAGUACCUCGUGGCGAAGCGAGGGCAAAUCCAGGACCUCGGACCGCUCUUCGACAGAUUCCGCCUCCACCAGGAAGUACCUCCCCCACGCUCUCUACAUGCCUUGCAGCUUCCACGUGUUCGACCCCCGCGCCCACAAGACGACGAGCCGGACGUUGCGAUAGCUUUCAACACCAGGCGCCUUGUCGCUGCUCACAGUCUGUCCACGAAUGUGCCGCUGCCACUGCUGACCUGCCAAGGACCGAAGAGUCAUUCAAAGCCACACGAUGCGUCGCAGAAACUCAGACAAACGUACCACACCGACGUCAUGCCACAUCGUCGCCAGUCGACCGUGGCGAGGUAUCCCGUGAAAGGCCACCACGUUGAACCUGGCGCCAACCAAGACGCCCACAUGUACGGGAUUCACCACUAUCGUGAGUAUCGCACACGAGCGUAUACCACUGCCGUGGGCGCGCCGGCGAUCCCUGCGCCGCCGUCACAGUCCCGACAGCCAUCGCGACAUCGACCGUUCCUGUGCCUCGUGCAACACACAGAGGACGCCAAGCGCGAGGGUAUUCGGAAAGCGCUGGAGGAACUCAAGUCGUAUUACCGCAGUCGCGUUGUCCCUGGACCAGUCCAUCGACGCAAGUCCAUCAAGGAAGUCAUGGACGAAUGCACCAAGCUCGCGACGACGAAAUCCACGACGAUUCUCGUCCAUCGCGUCAAGACCACGCCAGGCGUCGACUUCAACGCGACGUUGCUGACCCCAGAAAUCCCCGAAGAGCCCGUGACUGAAAUGGAUUCGGUCGACAGCCUCGCGCUCGAGUACCGCCCCGUGACGCCCAUGCUGGAGGCGAUUCGUCUCGUCCCCCCUGAGCCCCCCGUAAUCCCCACUACGUCCCGCCUCGACUGCAUCUUUGGAGACAGCAGCACUAGCGCCCCCGCAUGUCCGUCAUGACUCGCCGGCCCUUCUCGCAGCUCUUACGUAACUACUGUUAAUCAAGGGGGCGCCGUGCGCAGCUACGGACCCUCUCCUUGG